AUGAAGCUCUGUACCUACAUUCAAAUCCUCUUGGCCCUCUCUGCUGCCUGCUCUGCUGCUCCUGUAGAAACAGAAGCUACCACCAGCCUCGACACUACCGAGCAGGCUAAGCUUGAGUCUUUGGUUACCAGCUUGAACCAAUACAAUGCACAACAUAAUGUUCCUGGUUACAAGCGUGAGCUUACAGUUAGUGACUUGCAAGUUCUUGCCAGCAGAUCCAACAUUCCCAUUGUGGAUGCCAUCUUGGCUGCUUUGAACGACUCUGGUUUGGCCAACGUCGUCAUUGACUUCGUAUUGUUAAGUCCGGAGUUGCUCAGCAUCAGUAUUGAUGGGGUUAUCUUUACCCUCAAGUCUGGUUUGAUCAACUUGACUGAUGUGUUGAUUGCCCUCCAGAAGUCUGGCUUGAUCUUGCAAGUGUUACACUUGGCUUUGAAUGAUCCAGAAAUUCUUCCAGGUUUAUUGAGAAUCGGUAAGGAAUUGUUGGCCCAAAACGGUAUCAACAUCUUCUCCAAGAGAGAACUCAACGAGUUGUCUACUGAAGUCGAAGCUGUAGCUGACGACUCCUUCAACGUAUACGAUUUGUCAAAGAGAGAAUCCGAAUUGUUGAAUGACCUCUUCACUGCUCUCAGAGACUCUGGGUUGGCUGCCUCAGUGAUUCAACACUUGUUGACUACUCCAGAGUUGGCUGCUCCUGCUGCACACUUCUUGGACGCCAUCUUGAAGUCCGGUGCCCUUUCACUUGGGCAAUUGUUGCAGGCCCUUAAGGAGUCCAACUUGGUGCUCAACUUGUUGAAAGACAUCCUCAACGACAGAGCUUUGUUGAUCCAGUUUGGUAACAUUGUUGCUGACAGAAUCUCCAAGGGUCUUAUCUCGAAGGCCACCUACGACGCUCUCUAA